AUGCCGGUUCAUCCCGGCGUGUCCGGCAGCGGCCGGAGCGAGCCCCGGGCCGUGGUGGGGCGCGUCGGGGGCAGCGCGGUGCUGGGCUGCGGGCUCCUGGGCGCACACGAGGCGCGCCCGCCGCUCUACGUGAUCGAGUGGGUCCGCUUCGGCUUCGUCCUCCCCAUCUUCAUCAAAUUCGGGCUCUACUCGCCGCGCGUGGACCCCGAGUACGCGGGUCGUGUGAGGCUGGAGGAAGGUGCCUCGCUGCGCCUGGACCUGCUGCGGGCCGAGGACCAGGGCUGGUACGAGUGCCGGGUGCUCUUCCUCGACCGGCACAGCACCGACGCCGACUUCCAGAACGGCACCUGGAUCCACCUCACCGUCAACGCACCCCCCACCUUCCUGGAGACCCCCCCAGCGUUCGUAGAGGUGCGGGACCAGGCUGCACUGAGCCUCACCUGCAGGGCUGUUGGCAACCCCCAGCCUGUUGUCACCUGGAAGAGGAGUGACCUUCCUGUCCAGAGCGGGGACACGGUGCAGGUGAGGAACGGGACGCUGAGCAUCGCCGCCGUGGAACGCGCCAGCGCGGGCACCUACACGUGCCACGCGUCCAGCAAGGAGGGCACUGUCACCCACACCACCCGUGUGCUCGUGCAGGGGCCACCCAUCAUCGUGGUGCCACCCCAGAACGUCACUGUCAACAUCUCCCAAGAUGCCUUUCUGGCGUGCCAGGCUGAGGCAUACCCAGGGAACCUCACCUACACCUGGUUCCAGGGCAGCAGCAACGUCUUCCACCUCAGCCACCUCCAGGCUCGGGUGCGUGUCCUGGUGGACGGGAGCCUCCUGCUGCAGCGAACGACCCCGGACGACGCUGGGAAAUACACCUGCACCCCCAGCAACGGGCUCUGGAAGCCGCCUUCUGCCUCAGCCUUCGUCACAGUGCUCUACCCAGCACAGGUGACCACCAUGCUCCCAGAGACCCACCUGCCCAAGGGAAUGCGGGGCGUGAUCCGCUGCCCCUCCAGAGCCAACCCCCCCCUGCUGUCCGUCACCUGGACAAGGGACGGGCGCCCGCUGGAGCUGGACAAGCUCCCGGGCUGGUCCGUGCGUCCCGACGGCUCCAUCGUUAUCGCGACGGGGAACGACGACGCCCUGGGGCUGUACCGCUGCACACCCUACAACAGCUACGGCACGGCCGGCGAGUCCCGGCCCACGCGGGUCCUGCUGAAGGACCCUCCUGCCUUCACGGUUCGGCCCAAGGAGGAAUAUUUCCAGGAGGUGGGCCGGGAGCUGGUGAUCCCCUGCGUGGCUCACGGGGAUCCGCCCCCCACCGUCACCUGGGUGAAGGUGGGCAGCGUGGGGAAGAGCAGUGCCCAGGUGGAUGGGAACAGCAGCCUCGUCCUCCACCCCCUCAUCAAGGAGCAGCACGGAGUCUGGGAAUGCACGGCUACCAACCAGGUGGCCAGUGUCACCACUGCCACCUCUGUCCAUGUACUGGGUACCAGUCCCCACGCUGUCACCAAUGUCUCCGUGCUCCCACUGCUGCUGGCAGCCAACAUCUCCUGGGAGCCAGGCUUUGAUGGAGGCUACUUCCAGCGGUUCAGCGUCUGGUACACCCCACUGGUGAGGUACCCGCCGCGUGCACACCACGACUGGGUGUCACUGUCGGUGCCAGCGGGGGCUCAACACCUUCUGGUGGAGAACCUGCAGCCAGACACCAGUUACCAGUUCAGCGUCCUGGCCCAGAACAAGCUGGGCAGUGGCCCCUUCAGCCAGAUCGUCACCUCCGUGCCCAGGGGCUUCCCAGUGACCACAGUGCCUCCGGAGCCGCCGGCCAUGACCGUGCACGUCUUCCUGUCCCCACCGCGGGCUCUGACAGCCAACGAGACCGUGCGGGGGGUUCUGCUGCGCUGGGACCCCCCUGCCCGUGCCUCGGUGGCCCUGAGCGGGUACGCGCUGGAGCUGCGGCAGGACAAGGGCGGCUGGGAGGUGCUGGAGCGCUCCAUCCCCGGCACUGACACCCAAGUGCUGGUGCCAGGGCUCAUCAAGGACGCCUUCUAUGAGUUCCGACUGGUGGCCUUUGCUGGCAGCUACAUCAGCGACCCCAGCAACACGGUGAACGUCUCCACGGCAGGGAUGGAGGUGUACCCGUCCCGCACGCAGCUGCCCGAGCUGCUGCCGCAGCCGGUGCUGGCGGGGGUCAUCGGGGGAAUCUGCUUCCUCAGCGUGGCCGUCAUCUUCAGCACCAUGGCCGCCUGCAUCAUGAACCGGCGCCGCGCCGCGCGCGUCCGCAAGCGCCGCCAAGAUCCACCACUCGUCUUCUCCCCCAGCAAGAAGCUUCCACCUCCACACAAUGCUCAUGGCCCUGGUAGCCCCGACAGCACGGUGAAGCUGAAGCUGCAGCCAUCGCCGUGCAGGAGCCUGCACCGGACACUGCUGUGGGGUGAGAAGGCCGGCACCAGCCUGGGGCUGAGCAUCGCUGGUUCCAGCUACCCCGGCUACGAGAGCCAGGGCCGGGAGCACGUCCCGCUGGAGCGCAUCUGCCGCGGCCCCGACGGGCGCUUCGUGGUGGAGACCGACCCGCGGCCAGAGCCGGACCCUCCGCGGGACCCCCUGCAGCCCUACCACCAGCUGCCCGCCGAGGAGGAGGAUGAGGAAGAAGAGGAAGAAGAAGACGAGCCCGUGUGGCACAGGGGGGUCUCGCUGCGCCCCCGGCCCGCGGGGCAGCCCCGCCGGGGUGCCCGGGCCUCCAGCCACCGCCACGGCCGCUACUUCAGCUACGGCAGCAGCAGCCCCGUGGACGAGGCCGUGGCGUUGAGCAUCACCGACGUCAGCCCCGUGGUCUCUGCUGCCACCACCCUGCCUUACAGCACCGGCCAGGAGCCCCCCGGGCCCCGCCACGGCCCCUCCUGGGACUCGCCGCCCCGCCAGGGCUCCCCCCAGCCGGCCACCGGCCCCCCGGCAUCCCCUGGCCCCCCGGCCAUCAGCGGGAUCCUGCAGUACCUCAGCCUGCCCUUCUUCAAGGAGAUGUGUGUGGAUGGUGACUGGCCCCCCCCCGAGGAGCCGGCGGAGCCCCCCAGUGCCGGCGCCCCGGAGCCCCCCGCCAGCCCCCCGCGCACGGGGCGGACGCUGUGCCCGGACUGCAUUGACACAAGUGCCAACGCCACCUCCCCUCCCGCCACCGCCACCUUCCUUGAGCCCCCCCGGCUGCCCGUGGCCCCGGGCCUCCCCCCCAGCCAGCCCCCCAUCUCCGGACUGAGGCCCCGGGGCGGCCGCCGGACGCUGCGGCCCCGGAGAAGCUCCCGCGGGGCAGCCUGA